AUGGACCUUAGCCUUGACGAGGCAGGCUUCGAUCGACGACUACUGAUCAUCGACAAACCUCCGGUACUCAAAGCCACCAAUAUCUUUUCUUCUUUGGCCGACAUUGGCGAUGGGGAAGGCAUCCUCCCCCUCGAUCGUCGUGAUGAGGUCCUCCAUAGCCCCGAGGUGCAAGAGGCUGGGCCUCGCCGCUGGAAACACUCCUUUAAAGACUCUGCUGAAUUUGAGGGCCUUUCGGGCCGCAUUCCAACACAACCAGAGAUUGCAACUGUCUUUAAACGAGCAACAGAAUGUCACACGUUGGGCCACGAGGAGGCAGGCUGGAAUGAAGAGGUGCACAGUUAUCUGUUGGCUGCAGUGUUCAGGGGCCCUUUCGACUCUGAAAAAGGCCUGUUCGACUUUACCAAAUGCACCACUGCUCGUCCGCACAAGAUGUUGCUUCCGAAAUCGAUUGGCAUAAAGCUGGUCGACUAUUGCAUCUACGCCGAUCUCAGCCGGGAAGACCCAAGGCUAGAAGACAAACUCAGAUCCUUGUCCAGACAUACCAUGACACUCUCUGUCAAUCACAUUGUCGACAUUCCGCGGCUGCAGUUACGGCCCAUUGUACUGAGCAUGGAGACCAAGGAGCCAAACCAGUCCUUGAACGCUGCUGAAGUACAAAUGGGUGUCUGGCAUUCUACCCAGUGGGCAUUCUUGCGAUAUACGAUGCUUUCGUUGCUGCGUUCGACCAGCGAAGUGCCCACCGAGACGGACAGAUACGAGAAGCAGGCAGACGAUGCUUUAUCCCGGCUGGCCUUUAUCCCGGGAAUCAUCGUCCAUGGCCAUCGCUGA